AUCGAACAUGGCUGUUUUUGAAUGGCUGGUAAAAUUGUUCACACGUGCUCAGGUUCCUGGAAUAAACUUCAAAGCAGGAAAGGAAUUUUUGAACACUUGUCAUGCUUCAACAAAUCUAAAGCUUCGAGUUUUGGUCAACUCCACGAACAACAGAAUUGAAAAAUAUGACAAUAUUUGGAGCAAGUGUGUGCUCUGUUUUGGAGUUUGUUUUGGAGGAUUCCAGCUUUUUGAUUGGGUAAAAACUAAAAACUUUCGAAUAAAUUGCACCAGUUUUAUGGUACAUGCAAAGACCAAAAACUUAAAAUCAAAGCAGUUUAAUUUUGUUGCUGAUGUUGUUGAGAUAAUUGCCCCAGCUGUGGUACAUAUUGAAGGUCACGGUCGCCAUGAUGGGUUCCUAGGUCGCAUGAUAUCUUCAUCAUCAGGAUCAGGGUUUUUGGUAUCCGAGGAAGGUCUGGUACUUACCAAUGCACAUGUUGUACAGAAUAUGAAAAAUGUUACAGUAACCCUUGCAGAUGGUUCAUCCCUUGUUGGUGAUAUUGUGAGUCUCGAUCCUGCAACCGAUCUGGCAGUCGUACAGUUACGAAAUCCAAAACAGAGAAAGUUUGAGACAAUAAAACUUGGUGAUUCGUCAGUGAUCCGACCGGGUGAAUUUGUUGUGGCAAUGGGUAGCCCGCUACGUCUGAGCAAUACUGUAACAUCUGGUAUCGUCAGUACGGUCCAUCGCGCAGCUGGUGACCUGAGUCAUCGUUUACCUCAUGUUGAGUAUAUUCAGACAGAUGCAGCUAUCAAUGUUGGAAAUUCAGGCGGACCUCUUGUCAACUUGGAUGGUGAAGUGAUUGGCAUUAACUCAAUGACAGUAAAAGAUGCUGUUGGAAUUUCAUUUGCAAUUCCUGUCAACAUUGUAAAGGAGUUUCUUGAAUCAACCAAGCAAAAGAAACCAAAACUUGGCAAAGGUUAUAUUGGCAUUCACAUGCUAACACUUACACCUGGAAUUAUUGAUGAAUUACUGGGUAGACUCUCUGGUUUUCCAAAUGUCAAAAGUGGGGUGUUCAUACCAGAGGUCAUCUACGACUCGCCGUCACACAGAGCUGGUAUUUACCCUGGAGAUAUCAUAACAAGCAUUAAUGGAACAAAGGUGACUAGUUCUCAACAAGUCUACGACUUUGUUGCAAAGGGAGAUUUAUUGACAAUUGAGAUUUUACGAGGGCUCAAACGACUAAGGGUGGUUGUACAACCAGAAACUGUACUGUGAAGGAAUUGAAAAUGUAUAAUUUCUCGAACAAGCUUAUUUAUUUCAAUAUUUAACAUGUAAUAAACUAGGCUAGUCCUCUAAAUAAGCAACACAAAGUUUAUUAGUUUUUAACAGCAG